GCUGCCAUUUGUUCAUUUUUCAAACGCACUAUCCCAUUUCCCUCCCAAACAAAAAUGGCUUCUUCGGCGCUAUCGCUCCCCGUUCGUGGACUUGUUCUUCUCCCCAAUACCGCGAUGUCGCUUCUCUUCCACGCUCCCGCCGCGGUUCACUUGCCUUCCCCAACGGCUAUAACACAGAAUCCGCCUUCUUCGGCUCCAAACUCCCCGCCAAAUCGCUUUCCUGCUCACCGGCGACACAUCGAUGUCGCGACCGGACUCUCCGAUUCAGCCCCGCCGCCUCUGCUUCUUUCCACACCUUCGACGUCGUCGACAUAGGCGCCGUAAUCAUCAGAUUGACGAUCGCUCGAAAGCUCUUGACUAGCUCCGAUCUCUCCUUCGCCGUCGUAGAUAAGGCUGUUCCGUGCUCCGGCUCUACAACAACUCUCUCACCGGCGCUCUGCCCCAGGGCUUCUCCAAUCUCACGACCUUGAGGCGUUUCGACGCCUCCAUGAACGACUUGACCGGGACCAUUCCCGACGAGCUCUGUGGGCUGGACCUCGAGUCACUCAAUUUGUUCGAGAAUCGGAUUCAAGGGAGCCUGCCCGAGAGUAUAGCCAGCUCCCCCAACUUGUACGAGCUCAAGCUCUUCAAUAAUCAGAUGAACGGGAC